CACAAUCAUUCCCAGACGUUGGCUCCUAGAUGUAUGACUAAGGACGAGGGGAUGUGCUAAAACUCGUUUUCGGAAGUUUUAAGGCGAUUUGAAAAAAAGCGAGGCGACAUUUCCUUCCUUGUUCCCCCUUGAAGACUUACCCGUUUGGACUCUACCGACUUACCGCAAUAAGGUGGGCUUACCCAGAGUUUGAAUUGACACACGAGAAUCAAAGUAGUUUCGUGAAACCCGAAGUCUUUAUAGCUCCAGCUGGCUCCAGUUUUCAUUUUAGUUAAAUAGAAAGGAUGUAUCGAAACUUUGGGAAUCAAGGAAGUCAAGGAAGAGGCAACCCGGACUACACAGGCAGCGUCUCUGGGUCAAACUCCCUGGGAAACACCAACACUUCCACCACACAGCAGGAGCAGAAGUUUACAAUGGCUGGCAGCAGUCAGUUCGUACCAAGCCUCAAUGCCAUCACGACCAACCAGGACCUCCAGUGGCUGGUCCAGCCCUCCCUCAUGCACCCACCAGGCCCUUCACGAUCUCCAGUGCCUCCCUACCCAACCCUCUCAGGGGCACGUCCGCUGGGUCCACCACCCUCCCAUCCCCAUCUCCUCAGACCAGGGGUCAUAAGGGCAGCUGCAAACACCACGGGGUCAACAAGGCGCAGGAACGAUGAACAUUUAUCCCAGGAAGAGCUGGAGAGACGAAGAAUAAGAAGGGAGCGGAAUAAACUGGCUGCAGCAAAAUGCCGCAAUCGCCGCAGGGAGCUGACAGACACACUACAAAAUGAGACUGAUGUGCUUGAGGAAGAAAAGUCCCGUCUACAGAAGGAAAUCGCUGAUCUACAAAAGGAGAAAGACAAGCUGGAGCUGGUCCUGGAGGCUCACCGUCCCAUUUGUAAAAUAGAGGACUCCGAUUCCGAUUCUGACCCGAAUUCAUCAAUGUCAUCUUUGGGAGGCAUCAAACUGGAGCCACAGGACUUCAGCAAUCCCGGACCCUCGACUAAACUGCCAGCAAAGAUGGAGAAGCCCAAACCGAAGAUAACCCUCCCCACCAAACGUGUCACGUCUGCUGCCUCUGCUGCCACCACUGAAUCAGAGUCUCUCCACACCCCGGUUCUCACAUCUACUCCCUCUCUCAUACCCUUCACAGCCGGUAUGGUUUUCACCUAUCCCCCUGCCGUUUUAGACGCCAGCACCUCCAUCACAUCCACUGCCACAUCACAUCAGGCAAACAUCCACCAGUCUCAAGCCCCACAGCCCUGCGGGAUUGCUCACCGCCGCAGCAGCAGCAGCGGAGACCAGUCGGAUCACUCACUGCACUCCCCGACCAUCCUCACCCUGUGAUUGACAGCACUGUCUCCCUGGCAAAACACUAAUGUUUGUUCCAUCAUGUGUGACAAGAAGAAUCUCUGGGAAACACGAGGGAAAUGAAAACGAUUGAGAUAACCAUUUCAGAAUGAGCUGCAUGCAUCAGCUUUGUUUCUUCUCUUUAGAAAGUCGAUUCUUUACUUAGAUAAUAUGAAAACUAGUGGCACUAUCAGGAUAUGAAUGUUACACUCUUUCUAGUAUUGAUAUAAAGUCUUUAUAUUUUAUAAUUAUCAGGUAGAAUAAGAAUGUUUGAGGUUUAUUAUAAAAGUGUUGCAUGCAGAGUUACAUAGGCUAAUUACAUAAGCUUCUUUGGAAACAACUGUGAUAACUCCAUCUGAUAACAUAUUAACAGCUAUAAUUCAGAAUAAUGUUGAAUUUAAUGACUUUAUACAUUGUUACGUUAUGUUCGGUAACACUUUAUAAACUUCCUCACCAAGGGAAAUAGAGUACUUAUAAAGAAAUGGUCCUUAUUUUUGUAUGAAUCUUUUAAAGAAUUCUAAUAUCGUCUAUACAAAUGAUUGACCACUAAGGCUGGGCCGUAGGAGUUAAUACAGAUGAUAUGAUCACAUAUUUAUUUUUAAGAGUGUAAUAUAUUUUUGGUAUUGUUGUUAUUGUCUCUGAUGAAUGCAAUGAUUUGGUGGGCAGUGCCUUACUUUUAUCUUUUGUCAAAGAUGUAUGACUUCACAGACAAUAAAGAGAGAAAGUUCAUAA